AUGUCUAGACGUAGCAGCGUUAACGACAGCGAGUCGAGCUUCGAGUUCGUCGAGACGCCUGCUGCUCCCAGCCUCGAUUUCGAGAAGACCGAGGAUUGUGGUGUUCGCACCACCAAGUAUCCUUCUAUCAAGAAUGCGCCUCUCCCCGCCGAUGGAGCGGGCUCGGACUCCUUCUCGAACACCGCUCUUUUCUCCCUCCUCAUCGGUAUUCCCUACAUCCUGUCCUGGAAGUUCGGCGGAGGCCUGAAGACGGCCCUCUUCUUCGGCCUCUUCACCUCCGUUCCCAUCCUCGUGGGCUUCUGGCUGGUUGUCUCGGCCAUGAGCCCUCGCAAGAAUGAGAAGGCCCGGUACCAUGGACGCCCCGUCGAGCACUACCUGAACUUCAAGAAGGAUGUCCACAAGUUCAAGUACCACGGAAUCAACAGAAUUCCCAUGGAGACUUUCCACGAGAUGUACUUCGAUGGCGAUGUCGACUUCAAGGGUGACGCUCUCGAGGUUCUCGAGUAUCGCCAUGACUGGGCUUCCUUCCGCUUCACUCUCAACCUGAUCAAGUUCGUCCUGUUCCAGUUCGCUCCGGAGGUUAUCAUGCAUACUCGCUCCCAAGACGAGGAGCAGGUCCGUGACCACUACGACCGGGGCGACGACUUCUACGGCUGGUUUCUUGGCCCUCGCAUGAUCUACACCUCCGGCAUUAUCUCCGAUAUUAACAAGGAGGAGACCCUUGAAGAGCUUCAGGACAAUAAGCUGGCGGUAGUCUGCGAGAAGAUCGGUCUCAAGCAGGGCGACACUCUACUUGACAUUGGCUGUGGUUGGGGAACGCUUGCUCGGUUCGCCAGCGUCUGCUACGGUGCUUGCGCUACUGGUAUCACUCUCGGCCGCAAUCAGACUACUUGGGGCAAUGGUGCUCUUCGCAAGGCUAGAAUUCCCGAAGACCAGUCCAAGAUUCUCUGCAUGGACUACCGCGACAUUCCCUCCGUGGAGGGCGGCUACAAGAAGAUCACCUGCUUGGAGAUGGCUGAGCACGUUGGUGUUCGUCACUUCCAGGGCUUUCUCCGCCAAGUCUACGACAUGCUCGAUGAUGACGGUGUCUUUUUCCUCCAAAUCGCCGGCCUUCGCAAGUACUGGCAGUACGAGGAUCUCAUCUGGGGUUUGUUCAUGAACAAGUACAUCUUCCCUGGCGCCGACGCUUCGACUCCCCUCGGAUUCUUCACCGACAAGAUCGAGGCCGCCGGCUUCGAGAUCAAGAGCGUAGACACCAUCGGCGUGCACUACUCGGCAACUCUCUGGCGCUGGUAUAGGAACUGGAUGGCCAACCGUGAGAAGAUCGAGGCAAAGUACGGUAAGAGAUGGUUCCGUAUCUGGGAGUUUUUCCUGGCCUACUCGACCAUCAUCGCCCGUCAAGGCAGCGCUACCUGCUACCAACUCGUCAUGCACAAGAACAUCAACUCUGUCCACCGUGUUGAGCAGAUCCCUACUGCAUACGGCCUUUCUGGUGCUCUUGCUGCUUCCAAGGUCGACAUGGCCGGUUGGGCCAAGACUAACAAUGUUGGCUCCUCCCUGGACUUUACUCAGUGA